UCCACACAGUAUGUUGUUAGUUGUCUGGCAAAUAAGAUUUCUGAAGGGAGAGAAUCCAAACCGAACCAAAUGCCUGCUCUUUGGAAUGCACUUUCAGAACAGAACUUAUUUAAGAAGUUGUGAUUCGAUCAACGUCCAGGCGCCAUUCCAGGGCCCGGCCACUCCUCCGCCUGCCGUGGCUGGAGUGCGUGGCGCUUCCCGGCUCAAGUUCUUCGCCUGCGGCCAUGUGAGCUGGCCGGUUGGUUACGUGGUCCUCUGAAAUCAAGCGCGUCGCUCGACUCCGCGGUGUUACUGCCAGCUCGGGCAGGAAUCUCAGGCGGCAAGUGACCAAUGUUGCAUCUGUCAUGAUGUCUAGCAACAUAAAAGACAGUCUUGAGCUUCAAGUGGCAGAAUUGGAAAUGCUUUUGUCUAUGUUUCCUAAUAAAGGAGAAAUAACUCUUCAAGAUGAAAAUAUUUUCCAGAAUAUUCAGAGGUACCUGAACAAUACAACUGAAAAUGUCCCGCCUAAAAUUGAGUAUUCAGUUGCUGUUCCUAUAAAUGAAAUCAAGGCCAUUGUAAAUUUGCAGGUGGAAUUGCCUCACAGUUACCCCUAUGCGACACCACAGCUUUUUGCGAGAUCAAAUACACUAGACAGGCAACAACAGUUGCAGCUCAAUAAAGACCUUAGGUCUUAUAUUGCUACUUUAGAGUCUGAAGAACUUUGUAUAUGUGCAGCUGUUCGGUGGUUACAGGAUAACAGUACCUUCAGAGUACAAAAUAGUGAAGUUUGUGAAAGAACGACAAGGAAAGAAAUAGUCAAAGCACCAUUUAAACGCAUGUGGAUUUACAGCCAUCACAUAUACCGACAAGAACUGAGGAAAAAGAUCUUUGAAUAUGCAAAGAAAUUAAAUCACUGCCUAGCUGGGAAGCCUGGGGUGAUUUGUGUGGAGGGCACGAAAGAAAACUGUGAAGAGUUUUGGCAUAUUAUUAGAUAUCCCAAUUGGAAACACAUUUCCUGCAAGCAUCUUGAGACUGGAGAAGCAGAAGGAAAUGGGGAAAGUUUCCGUCUCUUUCAGACCUUUGAAGAUUUACAGUUUCAAGCUCAUGGUGAUUAUGGAUUAAGGAAUGACUAUCACAUGGACCUUGGUCAAUUCCUAGAAUUUCUUAAGGUUCACCAAAGUGAACACAUAUUUCAGAUCUUGUUUGGCAUCGAAGGAAAAAGUCCUGACACUUAGCACAAGUUCACUCCCUCUCUGGUUCUUGACAAGGUUUUGAAAUCUUCAAGCACCAAACAAGAACAAAUGUGCUAGGACGACGGUUCUGGGUUAUGUUUGUAUGAAAUCAAGAGGGAGGAUUGGUGUGGUAUUAUAAUGUAUGAUAUAAUAAAAUAAAAUCCAGUAUUUAAAAAAAAAAAAAAGUUGUGAGGGAUAGCUGAAUUUACCUACUUUCAUCCUAUACAAAGGCUGUUUGGGAGUAUUUGAUGUUCUCAAAAGGCGUCGUGAUAAGAUAUUUAGCUCUGUUAAUUUUCUAGCAAGCUGUGGUUGUAUGACUUUUGCAAUUGAGUUUGAAGAU